GAUUUUAAUAUCUGUGAUCAGAAGAUUUCGAAAGGAAAGGGAAAAGAUUCUUCGUUUUAGUUUUUAUCGUUUUGUUUAAGAAAAUUUCUUUUUUAUAUUCCUUUUUAUAGACAAUGCAUAUGCAAGAUGAUGUCUGAUCAGUUUAGAAAGGUAGAGCCUUAUUCACCGAAAUCCUCGCCUAGAGGAGCGAGGUCACCAGUAGUUUCUCGACAGGAUUCUUCUGGGACCCUCAAAACCACUAUUUCACUGGGCAAGAACCCUUCUAUAGUGCAUAGUGGGCCUUUCUAUUUGAUGAAAGAACCUCCAGGAGAAUGUGAACUCACAGGAGCCACGAAUUUAAUGGCGUAUUAUGGAUUAGAGCACUCUUAUAGUAAAUUUAACGGAAAAAAGCUCAAGGAAUCGCUAUCAUCAUUUCUUCCAAACCUACCUGGUAUUCUUGAUGGUCCAGGACAGGAGGACAAUAGUACAUUGGGUUCAGUAAUAGCUAAGAGACCUAUAGGUGGUAAAGAAUUGUUGCCCUUAUCAAGUGCACAGCUGGCUGGCUUUAGAUUGCAUCCUGGUCCUUUGCCGGAACAGUACCGCUAUGUUAGUGCCACCCCACCAAAGCGACAUAAAAGUAAACAUAAGAAACACAAGCAUAAAGACGGAGCACCUCCUGGACAGGACACACCAUUACAAGAUUCAUCAAAUCCUGAUACUUAUGAAAAGAAGCACAAAAAGCAGAAACGACAUGAUGAUGACAAGGAACGUAAGAAAAGGAAAAAGGAGAAGAAAAGAAAAAAACAGAAACACAGUCCGGAGCAUGGUGGUCUCACACCCAACCAGCACCCGGUCCCCUAGGGCAAACAAUUUAUAGUUAAAAAUUAUAUAAUUAUACUCAUUGGUCAUUGGCACUAAUUUAAACUCAAACAUGAAUGUCUUCAAUGAUAAAAUUUUAUUUAGACUGAAUUUUAUUGUUUUCCAUUUACAUACUCAGUAAUUACAUAAUUCUAAAUAAUACAUGACAUUCAUUUUAACUAGCUCAGUUUUCGUGUAAUUUAACAAAAAUUUUAUGUCAUGAGUUUUGUUAAUCUCAGCCAUUUCAGCUUCUUGAGGCGUGAUGUGAACAUUGAUUUUAUUAUGAACUGUUUCUUGUUAAUUACUUAUAUUAAAACAACUAUUAUUGUUAAUUUAUUUGAAUAUCAAGGAAAAAUUUGUGAUCACAAAAUUAAAUUAACAAGAUAAAAGAGUAUGUACAAAAUUGUUAAAAUAAAAAAACUAAAUUGUAAUGUUUUAAUUAUAAGUGUAUCUUACUUUAAUCUAGUUAAUUUAGCGAAUUGAAUGCAUUUGAAUUUUAUAUUUAUAUGAUCUUCUUACCAAAUAGAAUAUUGUUUCACCUUCAGCCUUUUGCAAUGUACUGUUUGUUAUUUUUAUAUUAUAAACUUGCUCGUACCAAACUUAUAAUUCAGCCAAAUACUGGGCCCAAAGAAACUUAUUUGAUUUCACUCAACUGUCUAUAUAUAACUUCUAAAUGUAUUCUAUACCUUGAGUUUCUUAGAUUCAUUGCUGCUUAAUCAGAACUUUCAAAGGCUUAACACCAUAUUUAAAUGAUUUAAACUUGAAUUACAUAAUAAACAUUGUUUUCGUGGUUUACUAAUGAGAAAAUAGAUCAAUUAAAUAUGUUUUCCAACAUGUUUGUCAAGUACCUAAGAAUGUUUUUGAUAAUAAUUAAAAAAGUUCUCUGGUGUUUCAACUUGUAUAAAGUUAAAUGUUAGUUAAUCUAAUCAAAGUUUUUUGUACUCGUAGAUCUACCUUUAGAGUUUAGAUUAAUCAAAAAAUUUAGUGUGUACAUAGGUAAUUCUUCAUGCUUUUAUCAAUAUAGUCAGAUAAUUUAAAUUUUUGUUAUUGACCUAAAAUGGGGUGAUUGUUGUUGUAUUGAUCUCUGAAUCCCUGGAAUAUGUGACUAAUAUUUUUUUACACACUACUAAUUUAUUUAUGGUUUACAACAUAGUAUUGAAUGUGAAUAUGUCUGGCGGGAAUUCCGAUAUUGUCAUCAGCUCACCAAUUUUAUGUUUAAUCUAUUAUUCUGUAGGUAUAUUGAUAAGAAGAAUAGUACCUUAUGAAGUUAGAUUUAUCUGCAUAUUUAAUUUGUUUAAAAUAUAGUUUGUGCUGUUAUCUUUCUGGCUUCCUAGUUAUGUUGCUCUAAUGCUGUCAGAUGAUGUAUAGUAUAAAUAGAAAGUAAUUUUUUAAAUACAAACAUUCACAAAACUGGCUCACGGUGUAUAUGUAUAUAAACAAAUGCCACAACAAAUUUGAAUUAAACAUUUUGAUAGUAUG